UUUGUUAAAGAUUUAGUGGUUGUCAACGUAGAAAUAUAGCUACUCGUUUAUCGCCGACCCGUGUGUGGAGACAACCGUGUAAAUCAAACGAUGGAAUAAUUUAUGAAAAUCGCGCGUUUUAUCGAUUUUGUUUCUAGAAUUGAUUUUAUUAGCAGACGAGUAAAAUCUAGUGGCAGACGACACUCGGCUUUAACAGGGAAUAUAUUGGAAAUAAUUAAAGUGUGUUUUAUUACGUCACAGGAUGACUGAAAAUGGCUGGGAUGACCAUUUCGCAGACGACAGAUCACGUGUUGGAUACAAGGGAGGUAAAUCUGGACGAAACGUCAGUCCCAGUGCCAGCAACAAUUUCUUACGUCACAGCAUAUUACGCGUAUCGGAGAAUAAACGAGCUAAAAAGGUUCGAUUUUACCGAAAUGGGGACAGAUUCUUCAAAGGAAUGCUGUAUGCGGUGUCCGCCGAGCGGUUUCGAACAUUUGAAUCUCUGUUGGCCGAAUUGACGUCGAGUCCAUUGUGUGACAAAAACGUUCUUCCUCAAGGAGUUAGAUAUAUAUUCUCAGUGGAUUCUGCCAAGAUAAUCACAAAUUUAGAUCAGCUGGAGGAGGGUGAGAGUUAUGUGUGUGCUUCCACCGACAUCUUCCGCGAUAUAGAAUACCACAAAUCAGUCAACCCUAAUUGGAACGUCAACGCCAAGGCGCGUGAAGCACAAGAACAGACGCCAACAUCACCACGUGACCUCACAGACGAGGACAAGGGAUUUAUUAAACCUAAAUUAGUUACUGUUAUUAGAAACGGAUCAAAACCACGUAAAGCCGUGCGUAUUGUGUUAAAUAAAAAGACUGCCCAUUCCUUCUCCCAAGUGCUAGAUGAUAUCACGGAAGCUAUUAAACUCGACUCCGGCAGCGUCAAGAAAAUAUUUACCGUGGACGGUAGACAGGUGACAUGUUUGUCAGAUUUUUUCCAAGAUGAAACUAUAUUUAUCGCCUAUGGUGCGGAGAAAUGUUCCAUGGAGGAUUUUGAUUUAGAUCAGAAAGAAGUAAGAUUAGUGAGCGGGUAUAAAGCCAAUCUGAGCCAAUCAAGGGAGAGAAUUACAUUGCGAUCACCAAAAACUCCACGUAAAUCUUCCUCGUCUAGAAGUCUUCACGAAGUUGGCUUAGAAUCACCCAACAGAUCUCGGACAUCGUCGCCAAAAUCUCCCAGAAAACUCAGAACUGUGUCUGCACCCAAGUAUCGUAAUGGUACCAGUAAUGGUAGUAGUAGUUUACCUAAUUCACCUAAAACAACCAGACGAUCUGCUGGAAAAACGAGACUACCGGAUGAAUUAACAGAAAGAUAUGAAGUGGGCGUGGUUAUAGGAGAGGGAAAUUUUGCUGUAGUUAAAGAAUGUAUUGAUAGAUUUAACAACCGACGAUUUGCACUGAAAAUUAUUGAUAAAACAAGAUGUCAAGGAAAGGAAGAGAAGAUGAUAGAGAAUGAAGUGUCUAUUUUACGUAAAGUGAAACAUCCCAAUAUUAUAUUACUGGUUGAAGAAUUUGAUACCAGAGAUUCUCUCUUUAUGGUGAUGGAAUUAGUAAAGGGAGGAGAUUUGUUUGAUGCAAUAUCUACAUCAACUAAAUAUACAGAACGUGAUGCUAGUGGUAUGAUAUAUAACCUAGCGGGUGCCCUUAAAUAUCUUCACUCCCUCAACAUCGUACACAGAGAUAUUAAACCAGAGAAUUUGCUGGUGUGUGACCAUGGUGACGACAGUAAAUCUUUAAAACUGGGUGAUUUUGGUCUGGCUACAGUUGUUGAUGACGUCAUGUAUACAGUUUGUGGAACACCAACUUAUGUUGCGCCUGAAAUAUUAGCUGAAUCAGGAUAUGGUUUAAAGAUUGACGUCUGGUCAGCUGGUGUUAUUACCUAUAUAUUGUUAUGUGGAUUCCCGCCUUUUUUCAGUGCUAAAGAUAACCAAGAAGAACUCUUUGACAAAAUUCUAGAAGGAAAAUUUGAAUUUAAACAACCAUAUUGGGAUGACGUAUCAGAAUCGGCUAAAGACUUGAUAACAAAUAUGUUAGUAGUGGAUCCUGAUCAAAGAUUUACAGCAGAACAGGUGCUCACUCAUCCAUGGGUAGCGUCUGACACAGCACGUGAUGAAGAUAUCCAUGACAACAUAGCUAAGACAUUAAACAACCAUUUUGAACAGAAGACCAAAAGAAAACCAGACACUGCUGGCAUUAGGCUUAUUACCUCGACAGCGUUAGAUAAAGGAUCGCGAUAUUUCCAGGGAAGAGGGGGAGCAACGUUUACUCUACAUGCACGUGGCAAUAGCUGUCAUUCAGACGACGAAGAUGAAAUAUUUUAAAUUGGCGUCAUCCUCACCCCACAUUUUGUCAACAAAUCAAUGAGUGAACGGAACCAAAGUUUUAACGACCGUGUGUCGCAACAUUUAUCCUCGCAAAAACCGAGAAAGACUAAAUCAUCGGGACUUGCGAUGACAGAUAACUGAAAUCAUUAAACAAAAAUUUGCCAUGGCAGUGCUGAAAGUCAACUAAUUUAAGGGCGAUCUAUGACAUGGACAACUGGAGGCUGCAUGUUCGGUUCAAUUAAUUUAUGGGCGUUUCUGGAUAGUACUGGGUGGGCCUACAAUCUGCAAGAAAUGACUCAAAUUGAAGACUUGAACAGUUUUUGUAAUUUUUCAAAUCGGGUUGCAUUUUUUGGAUGGAACGCCUGUUGGGCACAUGGAGCGGUAUUCGCGACAUAUGCAAACUAUAAUUUAUCAUUUUUAUAAGUGUAAAUAGUCAAUUUACUUUAUGUAAGUAAGAAGUUGUAUCUCUUGAAAUAAUCAUAUUAGCAUAUUACUAGUUUUAAUAAUUAUGACGUAAAUUGCGCUCGAGAGGGGCAAACAAUAUGAUUAGUUGUUCCAGAUCACGGCUCUUGGUGGUUACCUUGGCACAAUGCCGUAAGUCAGAAGCACGUGCAACCUAACCGCAGAAAGAAAAUAUUACCCAAUUUUGAAUCUCUAUCUGUCUAUUUCAACGUUUUUCUUGUAGAAACAGGGUACAAUUUAUUUUUGGGUUGUUUCCAUGUUAUUUAGUAAGUGAGGUGGAAAUACGCAGAACACAAUUCUACGGAAUACAAUUAUUAAUGAGUAUCUUUAGGAUUCUCGAGUCAUUAGCAAGCAAAUGGUAGAAUUAGAUUAGAGUUUAUUGCUGAGUGUCGUUUACACUAGGAUUCUCUAAGCUUUUAUCAACCCCAUCAUUGCUUGAUAUAGACUAGAGAAUAGGCCUACUUUUGAAACAUCGCUCAGAAUUGUGUCGUGUGUAAUUUAGCUAGGCCUUUGUUUAUAUAUUUAUUAUAUCAUCGUCAUCCCUUGUCUUUAUAUGUAUGUCUUAUUUGAAUACCUCAUUUUGGAAGUUUAAAACUUGAAAUAGAAUCUCAAGGCUUCUGAGAGGAGAUGCGUCACGUGGUUUCCUCUUGACAGCAAGAAAACAUCCGCGCUUAAAUUAGCCCCGAUCUGAUAUUCUGUAUAAUAAAGCGCAUUGUACAUAAACCCCAAUUACAAAAAUUUAUAUUAAUUAAUAUUGUACAUAUUUUCUUAUUUAUUUAUAAACCGGAUACCGUAUUCGAUAGAAUGAGCGCGCAUCCAUCAUUUAAUAUCUCGAAAAAAGCUCCUGUUCGUUGAUUUUCGGUCAUAUGUUACACAUCAGCCUAGCUGUAUAUCUAUCCAUCUUGUCUGACAGAGGCAAGGAUAUUCAAAUAAAACACCAUUUAACAGUGUGGUUGUCACUGUUCCAUUCACGGGGAAGAUACAUAGUGGAUACCGUGGAUGGAAAACUGUGGGUUUUUUCAAAUUCCAAUUUUUCUGGGAUUUCGGGAUCGAUUAUUCGAUCGAAUACGGUAUAUUUAGUAAAUGGCAUAGUUUUAAGCUUGAGUAUGUUAAUUUAUAAUUAACCUUUGAGGAAUAUUAUAAUAUGUAUAUUUUCUCGUAAGCCGAUCUUUUCAACUAUCUGUACUGUUAUGUAGACUUAUUUGUAGGCUAUCAGAAUUUUACAUAAUUUGUCAACUUUCUAGAUAUAUUUGGUGCCUUUUUGCUGUAUUUUAACGCCAACGCUGUCAACAUUUCUAAUUGUUUGGGGUUAAUGUUUUUAUCAAAUCAGUCAUUAUAUAUAUUUAUCAUUAUUUAUUGUCUGUUGUAAGAGCAUAAUUUAUAAAGCUUAGUUUUAUAUGCAAGUAUUCUAUAGGCACCAGCUUAAACUGGGCGCUUGCACCCCCCCCCCCCAACACUCAUUCAUUUCACAGAGCUAUUUUGACUUCUAUAAAGUCGGAAAAGUACUAGUGACGUUGGAGUGAAUCUGGUGUAUUAGAGCGGAUCACCCAGUCUUAAGAGGCGUUUACACGACACAACUUACUCAUACAACCGUCGCAUGCAAAAUAUAGCAAGGCUGUUGACACGAGAUAGGCCUAUAAUGGUUAUAUACGUUGUAUGGCAAAAUGACGCCAAACCCUCGUGCGCGUGCUGCAUAAUUUGAUCGUUUGAAGAAGAAUGUUUAAAAAGUGUUAUUUGAUGUCGGCGGCCCUACAAAAUUCGUGGAUACAGGACGUCGAAGCUAACACAAAUUGGCAGGAAAACUGGUUGCUAAGUCAGAUAUGACAUCGUCUAAUAUAACGCAAUUUGAUUGGCUAUUGCAUCAGUCCGUCAGAAGAGAAUACAACCGGCCCAUACAAGGAGCAGCAGUGGAUAUUCGCCAAGCUGCUACUAUCAUUGGUGCGGGUUAAUGAGCUCGCAAUAUUAACUUUUAAUUAAACUCUAGAACAUUUUUUGGAAGGAUUAGAAUAAUAAAUAAAGGUGUUUGAUGUAUAUCUAGAUAAAAAACAUUUCCCAUUUAGUGUAAAUCACGUUACAACGUCUUAUAAAUGUGAACAAUAAACGCACCAUGAAGCCUCGUGAUCCGGCGUCACCUAUAUAGAAGGCAUACUUGAACGUAAAACGGUCAGUCAUUUUAUGUGGUAACAGACGUUACAUUAGGCUUUCGCAAUAAAUCUGUGAAACUGAUUGGGUUAUUUCGUGUAAAUGCCACUUAACUCCAUCCCCUGCCGUUUCGGACCUAUAUAUAAUAGCACUGUGACGUAGGAACAAGUCUGGCGUUAUUUAGAGCAGACUGUCCAGUCUAGGUCGUCAAAAUACAAUAAAUUUAUAUAAUAUGUUGAAAAGAUUCAGAAUGUUGUUGCUUAUACUGUAUCGGCGAAAGCAUUAAUAAUAAAAAAUAUA